GAAUGUCUGAUAUAAAAUAUUACAUGUCACUGUUUGUGACUGUGGGUGUCAUGUUGGUGGGCCUGCUCUACUCCAUCUGUUUAGCCUGUCAGUGGAUUUAUGGUUGGCCUGACAAGCCUGGGUAUAAGAAGUACAUAGAAGCUCUUAAUCCAAGGCGAAUAUAUCGUCUGACCCUCGCUACACUGGAUCUUCUCAAAUACCUGCAGUAUUGGAAAGUUUACUUUCAGCUGAAGUCAUGGUAUAACGAUGAGAGGAAUCUAAAGUAUUAUGAAAAGGGCAUCACGUUUGGCCGCAGAGGCAACAAGCUGGACUUAUACCACCCUCCAAAUGUAAGGAAGCUGCCAUCACCGGCGGUAGUAUUUGUCUACGGAGGUGCAUGGGGCACAGGAGAAAGGUCCACUUACUGUUUACUGGGGAGUCGGAUGGCUGAAGAACUGAAAGCAACUGUAAUUUGUCCUGAUUACUGCACAUAUCCAAAGGGGAAUGUUUUAGGGAUGGUCCAAGAUAUCACUGACUGCUUGAUUUGGGCCCACCAGAAUGGAGAGAAAUUCAACUUUGACAAAGACAACAUUGUAUUAAUUGGGCAUUCAGCAGGUGCACAUUUGUGUACACUCACCACACUGUUUCUUGUUGAUACAAGAGAGGAGCUUUCCAUAGAGCCAGGCAAGCAGCAGGAAGUCUUGCUCUCGAUAAGAGGAAUUAUUGGUCUGAGCGGCGUCUACAACAUCGUGGACCAUUAUGAGCAUGAACAGAAACGAGGAGUUGAACGAGUGUCCCCCAUGCACAAAGCGAUGAAUGGUGUGGAAAACCUUCCAUACUACUCACCAACACACUUACUAAAGAAGCUCAGCCAGGACAAAGUCAACAGAUUGCCUCCAUUCGCUUUGCUCCAUGGGACCAAUGACAUUAUGGUUCCUGCUGAAUCUACCAUAAGAUUCUCUGAGCUUCUCACUUUGCGCUCUGUUAAGAUGUCAUUGAAUGUUCUUCAUGGAGUCGCCCACACUGAGACUGCUGUUGAUCUCAUGGUGUUAAACAGACGCCUCUACCGUCCAAUCUACAGAUACAUCAAAGAAGAGUUUAGAAAAUUUCUGGGUACCUGCUGA